UUUUAUUAAAUUUAUCUAAAUUCUUAAUAUGUCUAGCUUGGAAAAGCUCUUAGAUUUUACUACAAGUUUUCAUACGGAAAGAUCUGAAUCUGAUCUUAAUACUUUUCGUUCGAAUUUGGAUCCAGAAUUAAUAGACCAUAUUCUUGGAAAAGAUGAUGCUGUUUUAAUGAAAGAGGCAAUGAGUAUUAUCUCUAAUCCUAAUCAAUCUCUUGAAAAUAGGAAAAUUGCGUUUGAAAAUUUCGAAAUGCUAGUAGAAAACAUUUAUAAUGCGAAAAAUCUUGCAAAUAUGAAUAUGUGGGAACCGUUAAUUCAACAACUUUCUUCUUCAGAGUCUAUUAUUAGAAUGCAUGCAGCAUCAGUAUGCGGUACUGCUGUUCAAAAUAAUUUUGAUAGUCAACAGCAUUUUUUGAAUAAUAGAGGUUUAGAAAAAGUUUUGGUUUUAUUUAAUUCAGAUGAUGAUCCACAUGUUCGUUUGAAGUCGUUUUAUGCAAUAGCAAGUGAAGUUCGGAAUAAUUUGUUUGCUCUAGAAGAGUUUUGUAAAUUUGAUGGCUGGUCUAUUUUAGUAAAAUAUCUUAAUGAUAAUAAUUAUACAAUAUUACAAAGGAAAAUUCUAUUUUUCAUAUGGACAUUAUUAUUGCAAGAUACAGGUGUUGAUUUAGUAAUAGAGCAUAUUAAGCUUAAUCAGUUACAAAAGAUUUUGGUUGAAAUCAUACAAAGGAAAGAAAUACAAAAUAAUGCACUUGAAGAGGCUUUAGGCUCUAUUUCUCUGCUUUAUAAGAAAUCUUUAGUUUUCGAUACAAACGAAUUGAUAAUUAUAAAAAAUAUUAUUAAAAUUAUAAAAGAGAAAAGGGAUUUUGAAGCUAUAAGUGAAGAUAGUAUAAAUGAAAUUAGUGUACAGUUUGGUGUUAUAUAA